CUUGUCACUCAGAAUUAUUCGGGAUGUUCUCAUUCUAAUUACAUCACGUUAUAAUUCGAUUCUACCCACAGUUUGGAAAGUCUUGCUUUCGCAUCUCGUGCCGACUGUGCUGAAACGGAUAUGCCUCCAAAAAGACAAAAGCAGUUCUCACACCACGUCAAGAAAAGCAAGGAAGCACAGCAACCGGUAUCUGAAACUGAGUUCUUGGAAGCAGCAGAUGAAUUUGAAGCGUCUGCGGGAAAAUGGAAAGCCGGCGACGCGGCUCGUGCUGUGAGAUUCUACAAUCGAGCAAUAUCAACAUACGAUGAAGGUCUGAAGAAGUAUCCGAAAAGCUUUGACCUGGCAUACAAUAAAGCUCUCUUGCUAUACAAUAUUGCGCAAGAUAAAAGAAUUAUGUCCCAAAUUGGAUCAUCGCUUGAUAUGCUUAAGGAAGCACUUGAUGCUCACAAAUAUGCCUUGUCUAUCGACCAGGAGAAUGCCGAUGUUCUCUUCAAUACUGCUCAGGUACUGACAAGUUUUGCGGAAGAGCUCAAUGAUAUGGCGGAUGACGAGGAUAAUGUCAAGUCGCAAUGUGUUUCCCUGCUCCAGGAAGCCGUUGAGCUUUUCAACGCUUGUCUUAGUCGACAGGAGAUGGAGUAUUCAGAAAUUCAGGAGCUCAUCAGCCAAGGGCCGCAAAAUAUAACAGAAAUUCAAGCAAAAUAUCCAGAAUCCGAAAAGAUCUCAUCCGAUAGCCCGACGAUCGAACCUGAGGAAUGGGCAACGGUGAAGGAGCCUGUUACGCCAAAUACACUAGUUGAAACAGCCCUGGCUCAGCUUGGAAGUCUAUCAUCACUUGCUACGAUAUCUGCACCCACAUCAAGCAGUUUACUAGCUAAUCUGACGGAGAUUGCCGGUCCAAUUGUGACGCAAAGGUUACCCGGCUAUCUUGCACUCUUACCAACCUCGGUAGCUAAAGAUCCAAACGAGCCUGAUGCACCCCCAUUCUUAUCUGUAUCGUCAUCCAGCUCCACAUUUCACGCACGAGAGAAAUCCGAUGAUAACAACCCUCAAGCAUCUGCUAGAGCAGCAGCGGAUCUUGCCAUCGCAGUCUUCACUGUUGCUAUUGCUGGUGCAGAAUACAGAAGCAAGCUUUGCGAUAUUGUACAGUACUAUGAACGAGUUACGCAAGCAUUUGCGCCACUAUUGAUGAACGCAGGCUUGGGUACAUAUCCUGAAAACUCUCACGUGCCUAUCCAUAGUGCAUAUGCCGACGCACUUGUUGAGUUCGCCGAAUAUGCCGCGAAAAUGGAGGAUCAAGACCCAAGUCCCGAUGCUUUGGCACGACGUUGGACAGCCCUGGAGACUGCACAAGCACAAUUAACGGAGGCAACAAACAAAUUGCCCGAUGUAUUACCAGCGGAGUCUCCUCUACCGACCAAGGCAGAAAUAUAUUUUACUCGUGCUAACGUCGAACUUAUGCGAAGACGUCUUUCGCAGGCACCCUCGGCCUCGAGCGCAAUCAAAGCGAAUGAAAAAAUUCUGCUGAAAAAUGCAGGAGUGUACUAUCGGGGCACUGCUGCUCUGGCAAAGCGAGACGGCAAUGCUGAACUGGAGAAGGACGCGAGCGAAAGAAACAAGAUCAUACAGGCGUUAGAGCAAGGGUUGGUCAAGGACUCUGUGACUGCUAUUAAGGAAUAUUUCGAGGCCCAGGAUAGCUCAGAUAUAGCUGCUAUAGCCGACGAAAUGGCUGAGGACGAUCUCCUGUUCAACGACAGACAAGCCUAAGUGCCAAAGAGAGAACAAUGCUUAGCUCGCCCGAGAAACCAUGUCAAAGCUGAACUGAUCUCACGAAUACCUGAGUAAUGGGAAAAGUGAAGGAAACGAUGGGCUGCAACGCUUUGCAAGUGGAUUCGUGGUUCAGCCAAGUUAUAUAUUUAGUAUGGUUUUAGGUGGUCGUGCAAGAGUUGGCAUCGUGGCUGCCGUGGUACGGUUGUGGCACGGAGCCGCUGACGACAUUGUGCUGUAAAAAGCCUUACCUGCCGCUCUGAGUUGAGAAUUUAUUGUUUCGAUUCAAUUAAAACGUGCUGUUGACUUGAAGCUUGCGAAUUACUGG